AUGCUUGCCUAUCAAUACGUACCUACCACGUACGCUGCCACUGAGCCCGAAAAGACUCUUCCAGUCCCGGCCUGGAUAAAUCCAGACCUGGAACGUCUCUUUAUGGUCAGACAUGACCCCGGAAACUUCCGCGCGUGGGCCCAAUCCCUCGUCGAUCUCCCAGCAGGUUCCGUAUUCGCGCGUAUUAACGGCGUGACGACCGCGGAGCCUGCCUACACCAGCAUUCAAAUUGCCCCCAAUAAACAUGUGGAAUUCAACUCGGACCUCAAGUUCAUCAACCAUAGCUGCGACCCUUCUCUUGAAUUGGAUACUGAGCGCAUGGAAUUCAGAGUGGCCUCAGGGAAACCCCUUCGGAAGGGUGACGUCCUUAGCUUCUUCUAUCCCAGCUCGGAGUGGGAUAUGAUUCAGCCAUUCGAGUGCUGGUGCAAGGCUGGGAAUGAUAAAUGCUUUGGCCAGAUCGCGGGGGCUAAGAAUAUGGAUCCCAUGCGACUGGCUGAAUAUCAUCUGAACGCCCAUAUAAAGAAACUCCUUUCCGAACUACAAAUUCAGGGGAAGCCCACCCCGGAAAAAUGA